AUGUCUUUGUAUUCUUCCAAGUCAAGUAAUUCCCGCAAAAAGUUAUUAGAUUUAUUUAAUGAUCCUACAAAACCUUAUAUAAAUGUAUGCGCACCAAUGGUUAGAUACAGUAAACUGCCGUUUAGAGAACUUGUUCGUGGUUAUAAUGUAGAUUUAGCUUAUACCCCAAUGAUUUUAGCCAAAGAGUUUAAGAAUUCAAGUUUCGCUCGGGAUUUCGAUUUUAGCACUUCUUCUACUGAUAGUCCACUAAUCAUACAAUUCGCAAGUAAUAAUCCGGUGGAACUUGUUAAAGCUGCAGAGCUUGUUAUUGGGCACGUUGACGGAAUUGAUUUGAAUUGUGGGUGUCCGCAAAAAUGGGCUUUGAAUGAAGGUAUAGGUGCACAUUUAAUAGAUCGACCGGAACUAGUAAAGGAUAUGAUUCGGAUAGUUAAAGGUAGUGAUUUUACAAAAAAUGCUGAAUCAGCAGGUGUAGAUUUUAUAGCAAUCCACGGUCGUACGCGUCGUCAAAAAUCUACUUCGCCCAUAGACCUGAAUACAAUAAAACUUUGUG